AUGAAGGAUUUUGUUGCGAAGAGAAGUAUGUCAGCAAAAUUUCUGCAAGCAAUUGGGGAUGACAAUCCAGAGUUGCAGAGGCAAAUAGGGUGCAUGACUGGAAUCUUCCAAAUCUUGUACCGGCAACACAUCGUCGCCGGGAGGCACCUGAAUUCUAAUAGCAACAACCACAAAAGUCAUUGUUCAGUGAAGGAGGAUACUAAGAACCAUGUACGGAAACAUAAAGACUCCCCAAGGAGUAUUCAGCUGUCAAAGUCAAUGGAUGCUUUGGAUUCCACUGGUUUUGAUGGAAAAUCUAAGAUGCAUGUGGAUCUUGGAAAAUCUAUUCGAAUCCUAGUUAAGCCUGAACAAUCUUCCCAAUACUUUACAGAAACUAAUGAACCACCAAGAAGAUCCUAUGAAGGGAAAAAGACUUCAUUGUAUCCAGUUACAAAAGUAGCUCCGAGACUUUCAUAUGAUGGAAGAGCCUCACAUCCUUCAUUGGAUUCCCAAGAAAGCAGCAAAUUCUCACCCAAACUCAGAGAGUUUCCUAGGCUGUCAUUGGAUAGCAGGGAGUGCUCUCCCAAGAGUUCUAAUCUUGAUUUUAAACCAAACAUUGCUCUAAAACAAGUUGAUCCGAGAAAAUCACAACCACGAAAGAUGACAAAGAGGAUCUGCUGUCAUUCAGUCACAAGUACAACAAGGAACCCAUUAAGCCACAUCAGAAAAGGCCUGAUUCUGUCAUCAAACAAAUCUCAGUUUCAAAGGGACCUUCGAGCACUUAAGCACAUAUUGGAUGCUAUGCAUGCAAAGGGUCUAUUAGAGAAUGAUAAAGGUGAGGAUCAACCUUCCAGAACUUCAAUUCACAGUACUUCACUAAGAAGUGAUCAGUGUUUAGGUUCCACUGGUCCCCAAAACAUGGUUGCUAGUCAUCCUACAUUGAUGGAAGGAGAAAAAAGUCCAAGAGCAUUUCAAUCACCAAUAGUCGUCAUGAAACCUUCAAGAUCUUUUAGCAGAUCAGGUAUAUUGCCAUCUCCCAUUAUUCCUCUCAAUAGCUUACGGGAACUUAAAAGGUUACAGACAAGACUUCAUAAUGACAGAAAGAUUGGUUCACUUAACUUCAGAAUAUGUGAAGACAAAGCUCCUGAGUCAAUUGACAGAGAAUCUACUAAUCAAUAUCUUCAGUCCACAUACAGGAAAUGUGCACAAAAUGAAAAUGAUACACAUAAACGUUGUGCAAGUACGUUUCAUGCCUCGCCUAGGCUGCUGAGGGAAAUUAGAGGAGAAAAUGGAAUUCUAGCAAAUUCAUCGAGUUCUAUCAGCCCUAGAUUACAACACAAACAGCUGGAAAGAGAAAACAGAUUGCUAAUGUAUAUUCUUCAGAAUCAGUCUCCUAGAGUCAGGCUCAGAAGAAAACCAGCCCAAGCACAACGAAAUGAUGAUCAACUGAGUGACACUAGCAGUGGGGCAGGAAGUCUAACUCAGCAGAUUGAUGAAAAAUCGGAUGUGGAAGUAACAAGCUCCUACUGCUCUGCUGAACUUCGCUUUUCUUCUCAAGGUAAAAAGAAUCCAUCUAGAAGAACUGCUAAAGAUGCUUCGUCUACCUUGAAACAAAGUCCAAACAGAAAGCAUGAUGCUCCAUCACCCAAUUCAAGCUCUGGAUCGAAUCAGAAAAGGCUUUCAAAGGUUGAAGAUUUGGUUCAGAAGCCGAAGCAGCAAAGUCCAGAUCCUGCAGAAUCUCCAGCAAUUGACCACGUUGCCUUGUUGUGUGAAAGCCUGAACACGGACCAUCGAUAUGUUUCUGAGAUACUCCUAACCUCUGGCCUUCUCAUGUUAGAUCAAACGACCAAGCCCAUGAGCAUGCCUAUCCAGUUACACCCCGACUUGUUUCACGUCUUAGAGCAAACAAAGGCUGCAGAAGAAAAUACUAAUCCAGAGAAGAUUCACCGGAAGCUGGUAUUUGAUUUGGUGAAUGAGCUUCUAAUUCAAAAGUUGAAGAUUGCAAGCUCAAGCUCUCUGCCCAACAAACUUGUUCAAGCCAGGCAUGGCAGGCUUGCCAAUGGCCAACGAUUACUGAAAGAGCUGUGUUCAGAAAUCGAACACCUCAAAUCUGAGAGCUUCAAUACUGACAACCACGACAAGGGUGACGCUAUGAUAUCAUGGGAAAAACUACUGUGGCAAUCAGAAGAUUGGCUUUAUUCUAGUGCUGAAUUACAGACGGUAGUCCUAGAGGUAGAGAGGUGUAUAUUCAGAGAUUUGAUCGACGAAGUUCUUGGUGAGGAAGGUGCAUUUAAUUGUCAAGAAAAGGCAAGCAGAAAACAAAGAGCUUGGUGCUAA